UAGAAUAUCAAGUGUAAUUAAAAAAUAUGUUACUACUAACAAUAAGUUUGUUGGCCAUUUUUUCGGGAGCUUUGGCAGAAGCAGAAGAUAUUGAUGAGAGUGCAGAUCUAGGAUUCGGUUUACCAGACGAAACAAUAAUCACAUCGACCACAUCGAUCCCAUCGACCACUAAUGAUCCAAUUCCAAAAACUGAAAUUAAACAUUGCGGCCUAUUUAAAAACAAGACCUGUGUUAAGCGAUCUGAUUGCUCAACCACCAUGCGCAGUGGUUCGAAACUCAUAGUAGACCUAAAGGUACGGGCGAAAAGUGGCUGUCAUUAUCUUGAGGUUUGCUGCCAUCCCGACGAUAUGCUUACUCCAAUGAACGGUUCGAUUCCUUUAGGGUACAAGCAAUGCGGCAUUGGAAAUGUUGGUGGCAUUUUUAUGGAUUUAAUAGGUGGUCGUCUAGAGACGAGCCUCGCCGAAUACCCUUACAUGGUAGCGAUUCUGGAUACCGGUCACAGAUUUAUAUGCAAUGGUGUUUUGAUUGGCUACAAAGUGGUUCUCACAACAGCCACUUGUUUAUCACCGGAACAACCACUUGUCAUAAGGGCUGGUGAUUGGGAUCUGUCAACUGAUAGCGAGUUCGUGCCUCACGUGGACCGUGGUGUCCAGUAUCGAAUUGUCCAUCAGCAAUUUAAUUGGGAUUCAAUAAAAAACAACAUUGCCCUAUUGGUCCUUGUCGAGCAGUUUCCUCGGGUCCAGCAUAUAAUACCCAUAUGUCUGGACCACAACGGAGUGGAUCUGGAUUACGACAACUGCUUUCUCACCGGUUGGAAUUAUAGAGGGACUAAAAGAUUAUACCCGUAUACCCGAAAUAUUGUCCUAAGGUUGGAUAUGGAUAUCGAGGAAACCAUCUUCCCAAACACCUCAAGCUGUUCAGUGUUAACUGCUAUUCCCCGACCGGAGCAGCCCAUGUAUACCAAAGGUGCUCCUCUAGUUUGUCCCACCGAGAGCAGCAGGUACUAUGUGGUUGGCGCCUGGAGCACCAGCCUUAAUGGAGCUAUUCAGUUUACCGAUAUAAGAAAGCUCAAGGAAUGGAUUUAUCGGGAGUUGCAUCUGUACAAUAUUGUACUUUAAAUAAUAUAGACAAUUAUUGCACCCUUUUUCCU